UUUUGCAGUCUAGGCUACGAAAUUGUAAAUAUUUUGGCGAAUGUCAUGAAAAUGUAUAUAUCUCGGGCGUAUCGGUUUAUUUUGAGAUCGACCUCGAGAAUUUGGUUUAUCUAGAGAAAAUAAACCAUUCCUCCCAAUUUUGAGAGAUUAGUGAGAGUUCGACGACCUUGGCCAAAAGGAAAUUCGUCCUUGCGGGCCUCUGAGUCCCACUCCCAGGUUAUUUACGUUUAUCCCGUCGAUUAUUAUCUCUUACACAGAACUCGUUAUCACUCAGAUACUUCUACAAAUUGAAUAUAAUUUUCUUUUCUUCCUUUCUUCCUGUUUGUGAUGUGAAAGUGGCCAGCGUUAUGAGGAUCACACACCUGACGUUCUCCUUGUCAAAAAUGAUUGACUUCUACUCGCAGUUUAAUCCGUCUCCACUGUCGAUUAAACAUUUUGUCGAUUUCGGACUAAGUGCUUGCGAGAAGAAAUCAUAUCUAUUUUUACGCCAGGAGAUUCCUGUCAGACUAGCCAAUAUUAUGAAAGAGAUUCACCUUCUCCCGGCUAAUUUACUCAAAAUGCCUUCUGUUACCCUUGUUAAUGAUUGGUACGCCCAGUCAUUCAAUGAAAUCAUCGAGUUUGAGAAGCUUGACUACACGCCGAACAUUCUUGACAGGUUUUGCGACUCGUUGAUCAAGAUACGCAAUAGACACACAGAUGUUGUGCCAACAGUGGCACAAGGGGUACUCGAGUUGAAAGAGUCACAUUCUAUCGAUGCGCAGACAGAGCUUAGCAUACAGUAUUUCCUCGAUCGGUUCUUCAUGUCCCGCAUCAGCAUAAGAAUGCUUAUCAAUCAACACACCCUGCUUUUUGGAAAUGAAAUAAUAGUAAAGGAGCCAAAGCAAAUGCACAUCGGUUGCAUUGACCCUAAUUGCGAUAUUGUUGCUGUUGUCUAUGAUGCAUAUGAAAAUGCGAGCUUCCUCUGUGAUAGAUACUAUCUUGCAUCACCAAAGCUAGUUGUCACCGAACAUGAUGAGCUUGAAAAACAAGAAAGAAUUAAGAUAGUAUAUGUGCCAUCUCAUUUGUACCACAUGUUGUUUGAACUUUUUAAGAAUUCUAUGAGAGCAGUAAUGGAAUACCAUAAAGAAAAUUUUCCCCCUAUUGAGGUGACCGUUGUCCGAGGUAGAGAAGAUAUAUGCAUCAAGAUGUCUGACCAAGGUGGAGGCAUCCCAAGGAGCCAAAUAGAUCAGUUAUUCCAGUAUAUGUUCAGUACUGCGCCUAAACCAAAUUCACAAUCGGAUUUACAUACUGUGCCUUUAGCAGGAUAUGGUUAUGGCCUUCCUAUUUCAAGACUCUAUGCAAGGUAUUUUCAUGGUGAUCUUUGUCUUUUGUCCUGUGACGGUUUUGGGACAGAUGCAAUUAUUUAUAUGAAGGCUCUUUCGAAUGAAGCAAAUGAAGUGUUACCUAUUUUCAACAAAAUGUCAACAAAGUUUUAUAGAAAUUUUACGCCCCCGGGUGACUGGAGCUCAAGUGUAAUAAGCAUCUCACGAAACAUGUCAUCAGGAAAAAGUUUUUAAUUUUCAAGUUUUGCCACCCAAAAGUUUUAAACAACCAACACCAUUCCAUUCUUUUUUUUUUUUUCCAGAAGGCAGUGUUUGUAUGUGAAUGUGAGUGAGUGCAUGUGUGUUACAUUUUUUAAAUAAAUAUUGUUAUAUUGUUGUUUGAAGUUGAUAUUUUGUUAUUAUAUAUAUUUUUAUCUUUCAUAUUCAACAAUUUUAUCACUAAAACUUAAUUUUCAAAUUACCCCGAAACAAUCCAUUGUAAUGAUAAGUGAAAAAAGGAAUGAAAGAUUAUUUAAGUAGCAGAAGGAAACUUUUGAUUUUUGAGCUUUCACCAUUAAAAAACCAUUCUUGGUUUAGAAUUUUUAAUAAGAUGGUCUCUUCCAAAAUGCAGGAAGUGUUUGAACAAUUUGUGUAAAUAUUGAUGACACAAGUAUAGCCAUUAUUGUAUAUUAUAUACACAGUGAAGCACAAAAUGUACAAACUAUCUUGUACUUUAGAAGAGCAUAUCUACAUACAAAUUAUUUUUAAAUUUGCACCAAAUGUGUUAAGUUAUCCUGUUGCACUAAAUUUGUGAAGUAAUCACUGAAAGCUCAUCAGUCAAAUGAUUUACUUCUAUCAGACCUCGUUUAUCUUUUACUAUAAGACUGGUUGGUUACCACAAUUUAAUAACCUUUUGAAAUAUAUUGUAAAUAAGAGAAAAACAAUAAAAUUAUAUGUACCCAG